CAGCAAUGUAGUAUUGAGUUUUAACGCUACCGAAUGUCAAUAGAAAUCAACACACAUUGAUUAUAGAAUUGUAUCUAGUUACCUAUUUCUAUGGAGGUGAUCUUGGAUCGUUUUGCCAGUUCCAGUACAACCUCUGACUUUAUAUCUAGGACAUCAUUAAAUCAAUAUCUUUACUACCACUUAUUGUUGCUAAAUGGGAAGUAUCAUACCAGGUAUAAUGCCAAGAGGCUCUUGGGUAUUAUUAGUAGAUCUACAUGCUAUGAUGGGGAGAGUAUAUAUUAUUUUGCGCAUGGGCAUUAGGUCAUGUAGAAGUUGGUAAGAAGUACCUGUAGAUAUUGCUUCAAGUAUUACAGUUAGCGCUAUCUAGCAGCUUUGCAGCCAUUUUAGGACAGUGACAAACAUGGAUUCUUCUGAUAUAGCCACUCUCCCGGUGGAGUAUCGCUAUAUUAACAGUAGUUCAAUUGGAAAUGAAGGUCGAUUUGAGGAAUGUAUCACUGUACGGUUUCGACUUGUCGAUAUACACUUUUAAAUUUCAUGCUGCAUUUGUUCACUAGCUUUAAUGGACUUCAAAAAAGUAACAUGGCUAAACCCUUACAACUAAUCAAAGGGAAAACACUCCAUCUUCGUCGAGGAAAGCGUGAGCGCCGUCUGGAUGAUGACCACAAAGACUCUUCGCUGACAGAUUGUGGAGUUGUCGAUGGGGACUGUUUGGUCUUUCGAGGUUAUACACCACUAAGCAAGAAAACUUAUAAUUUCAAUUUAGAAGUGAUUGGUCCAGAUGAUACAAGAGUUCAAGUUUCGGUUACCAACACCGCUAAUAUUAAAACACUGAAGCACAAGCUACAAAAUGCCACUGGCAUUCAUAUCUCUGAAAUCGUUCUCUCUCACAAAGAUAAAAUUAUUAGCAAACAAUCAAAAACUGCUGUUGGAUUUUAUUCAGGUAGUGUACGUAGUAAGGAGCUGUUGCGAAUGGUGCAAGUAAAGAAAGAAAGUCCUACUAUUGAAAGCAAUAUCGAUGUUGAUGCACCGGCUACUGACACUAUAGAGCCAUCUGCUCAACCAGCUCUUCAACGGCUGAUGGACAAACGUCAGGUCACUGAUUCACAAGUCAACCAGCAAAAAGAUAUAUUAUCUGCUAACAACGCCUGUCUUGACAUAACGGAAAUUCCCACUAUAUCUGUUGAAGAAGGAUCACUUCAAGGGAUUUCUGUGGCACGAGCACAGAAACACACCACUGAAAGAGCAGUUCUGUCACAUGCCACAGAAGUAGCAGGCCUCUCGAGAAAGCGAUUAGUAAGAAGCGGAAGUGGGCGUGGGGACGAGGCUACAGAAGUAGAUGCCUUACUAUCAAGCAAUGGAUUGACGUGCACAGACGUUGAGGGUUAUAAUUAUAUGGUUGCCACAGAUAACAUUAAUUGAAAUUCCCACUAUAUCUGUUGAAGAAGGAUCACUUCGAGAAAUUUUUGUGGUACGAGUACAGAAACACACUACUGAAAGAGCAGUUCCAUCACAUGCCACAAAAGUAGCAGGCCUCUCGAGAAAACGAUUAGUAAGAAGUGAAACUGGGCGUGUUAUCACUCUGCAGUCAUUUUUAGUAAUAUUCUGGGUAACUUGGCUGUAAUCACAUUUAAUUGUAACCACAUAUAGCUAAUGAUUAUGAAUACCAUUAAGAUCUCAAGCACUGUGCAGUGUACACCAUAAUGAC